AUGGCGUCCUACUGCAGCCUCUCCACCUUAUUUCCUAUCCAAACUCAGCUGGACUACGCCCUGGACGACGCCGCGACACAGCAAGAGAAGGAAAAUCUUGUCUACGAGUAUUUAAAAAGGCUAGACGAGAGAGAGGACCUGAAGAUACCCGAUUUCCAGACAGGCUUGGAAUGGCUCAACACAGAGGGGCCUCUGUCUUUAAACAAGGAGCUGGCUGGCAAAGUGGUGCUGCUGGACUUCUUUACUUACUGCUGCAUCAACUGCAUGCACAUCCUGCCCGACCUGCACCGGCUAGAGAAGACGCACUCUGUCAAAGAUGGAUUGGUUAUUGUUGGUGUGCACUCAGCUAAAUUCCCCAAUGAGAAGGUCCUGGACAACGUCCGCAGCGCCGUGCUCCGCUAUGACAUCUGCCAUCCAGUCGUGAACGACAGUGAAGCACACCUGUGGCAUGAACUGGAGGUGUCCUGCUGGCCCACGCUGGUCCUACUGGGCCCACGUGGCAACCUGCUCUUCUCCCUGGUGGGUGAAGGCCACCGCGACAGGCUGAUGCUUUUCUCUGACAGCGCCCUCCGUCACUACGGGGAGCAGGGUCUCCUGAAAACACACGAAGUGGGGAUCAAGCUGUACCGAGACUCGCUGCCACCCAGCGUCCUGUCUUUUCCCGGGAAGGUGGCCGUAGACGACAGCAAGAAAAGACUGGCCAUAGCGGACACUGGGCAUCACCAGAUUCUGGUGGUGUCCACAACUGGACAGCUGUUAUAUGUCAUAGGAGGGCCUAAAAGCGGAAGACAAGAUGGCGACUUGUCCGAAGCUUCCUUUAACUCCCCUCAGGGUGUGGCCAUCAAAGGGGACAUUAUAUACGUGGCUGACACCGAAAACCACCUGAUCCGAAAGAUUGACCUGUCGGAGGGAAGAGUCAGCACUCUCGCCGGAGUUGGAUCUCAAGGCACGGACAAAGAGGGCGGUGCCAUGGGACCUCAGCAGCCCAUCAGCUCUCCUUGGGAUGUGACUCUUGGCACCGCUGGCGGUGAUGAAGAUAACGUGCUGUGGAUAGCCAUGGCAGGGACCCACCAGAUCUGGGCUUUGUUCCUGGCAGAUGGGAAACUGCCCAAAGGAAGUGAGUCCAAGGCAGGGACGUGCGUGCGAUGGGCAGGCAGCGGCAACGAGGAGAAUCGAAACAACGCCUACCCCCACAAGGCUGGCUUUGCUCAGCCUUCAGGCCUGGCUCCAGCCCCGGAGGAGCCCUGGGGCUGCCUGUACGUGGCCGACAGCGAAAGCAGCACCAUCCGCACGCUGGCACUGAAGGAUGGAGCCGUCAAAUUGCUGGUCGGGGGAGAGAGAGACCCCCUGAACCUUUUCGGUUUCGGCGAUAUAGAUGGGAAAGGGGUGGACGCCAAGCUGCAGCAUCCUCUCGGCGUCGCCUGGGCUCCCAAACAAAGCCUGCUCUAUGUGGCCGACUCCUACAACCACAAGAUCAAGGUGGUGGAUCCAAAGGGAAAGCAGUGUAGCACAUUAGCAGGGACUGGAGAGGCUGGAGACAUUCUUGGCCCUGAAUUUAACAAAUCCUGCUUCAAUGAACCCGGAGGACUCUGCGUCGGCGACAAUGGCAAGCUUCUCUACGUGGCCGAUACCAACAACCACCAAAUCAAAGUGCUGGACCUGUCCUCCAAGACUGUCUCACUGUUCCCCAUCUCCACGGAGUGCGUAGAUGCGGUACCUUCAAAGCCUUUGUUGCCCGUCAAAGCCCCCACGCUGCCUAAAUCAGCCGCCAGGAAAGAAAUGCCACCAGUGGCAGUGUCAGCAGGCCAGACUCUCGUCAUGUCGCUCACGCUGUCGCUUCCAGAAGGAACCAAACUUACAGAAGAGGCCCCCAGCUGCUGGGCUCUCUCAGCCGAGGGUAACGAAUGGCUGCUAGAAAGUCCGGUGGUCACUGGUGACAUCAUGGAUCUGUCGAAGCCCCUCUCCAUCUCAACCAAACUUCCAGCUACUAUGAAGGACUUAAACGGCAACCCAAGCCUCACUCUUGGUGUAUGGGUGUACUACUGUAUGGAAGCAGGUAAAGCCUGUACAAUGAAAGCAGCCUCCUUCACCCAGCCUCUUCAAAUAAGUGCCAGUCAUGGAGAGGAGGAAAUCACUGUGGCGUUGGCUCAUGCCUUCUGAAACCUCUUAACCUGUCUGAGUCACAGCAGGCGCAGAAUCAACACCCUCUUUUGCUUCUCAGCUCUGCUCCUGUUUUGUUCUGGAAGAAGCUAAUUUUUCCUGUGACUGUCUCUUUGAGAAAAAUGCAUUUCAUACAAAUCUGAUUUUCAGGGGAAUUUCAUUUCAAACUACUCAGAAGCCCCCUCCAUGAAACAUCAGCGCCGUAAUGUCCUGCACGUGACAGUUAUUCAUGGGAAUGUAACCGUUACAUCCCCAGGCAUGUUUUAAAGGAUGAACAGCCUGAAAAAUCUGUAUCCAUGUGAUAGUAUAUUUAUGCAACAAAUUCCUACAAGGACAGGCUGUACUGUGUAAUUUAGGGGGUACUAUUUCCACUCAGUGUUACCUUAUUUUAAAACAGUGCCGCAGGACUAAAUCAGUGCUGCAAAAUAAAAGAUAUUCUGAGGAUUUUAAUGAGAAACUUAUUUUGAUUAUCUAAUUGGCAGGUGGUGGUGCUGGUGUCAGUGGUGGGUAGAUGAAUAAACAGAGUCUCUGUCAUUUAAUGAUGUUGCAGAGGAUCCAAACUACUUUAAAACAUUGAAAACAAAGUAAAAGCAGAAACUCUGAUGAGCUUUAUAUUUUCACCUUCACUGCCAGACAGAUGUGAAUCUCAAAGACGAGGCUGUUUACAUUCAGAUGUUGUGAGCAAAGUCUUUUUUUUUUUUUAACCUCCUCAACCUCCAAGAAGUAAUUAUUGAACAAUUUCUGCUUUUGAAAAAUUAGUGAAAGACUUCUGUGUGUGUUUGAAACCAUUUCUCAGAAACACUAACUUUGUUUCUGUCAGUCCCAUAAGUAAUUAAUUUGUAGGAAUUUGAAAAAAAGGGAUGUUUAAUGGAGCUGAUAUUUGAUUUAGACUCACAGAAAGCGGUUUUAUUCUGCGUUUCCUCACUCAAGCAUUGCUUCUGAAUGCUAAUAUCGAGUUACGGUCAAUUUCUCAAUAAUAUGAUCUUGGAAUCCCAAGAGGCUUUCACAGGAAUUAUUUAGAUAGGAGGAUAUAAUCUAAAACCUUUUCUUUAAAGGUAUACUAUGCAGGAAUUGUCAGUACUGUUUGUAAGCACAUCAUUCAAACUCUGUCUUGCACUGCCUGUACAUACUAUAAAUGUAUGAGAGAACUAGAUACAGCGUUGGAGGCGGGGCCCCAUUCAUUCAUAUGAAAGUUGCUCAGUGGUUCAUAGAACUUCUGGUUAAGUCCUCCAAUAACUUGCUUUUUUACAGUUUAGAAACAUUAUUGGACAAAAUGGAUCAAAUCCCAGUAAUAAAACAAGUCAUUUAGCAGGGGUUGUGAUGCUCAAAAAAACACCAGAUGUUGUAAUUCCACAUUUGGCCACUAUGUCAACCCCAGGUUCACCCUCGUUUUCAAGCAGGUUUUGUCCACUUGGCGUUCACCUCAAUAUUUCUGUGUUUGGUAUGCAUGUGUCUGUGAUUUUCUUGCAAUAUAGCACCUGAUCGGUACCUUGUAAAGUCCAGACCUUACCUGCGUACUGUUAUUGGCUGGGGGUUACACACCAAUGCUCAAAGGUUGCAGCCAUGAAGCUUCCUGAACUACAGCUGCAAAAAUAAGUUGAUUGUAGUAGUUGAGUAGUUGAUUGCUGGGGUGUGCCACAUGGGUUUGAAUCCAUCCCACAGCCCUUUACUCUCUGUUUCCCAUAUCAUGUCAGUCCAUCUGUCCUCUCUAAUAAAGGCAAAAAAGCUAAAAAAAUAAUGUUACGUCAAUCACUAACUAAUUUGCCAAUCAAUAACUUAGUUUGACUAAUUAAGAAUUAAGGAAAAAACUUAAAAUCCUUUGCUUCCAGCUUCUGUAAAUAUAUUUAUUUUUUACUCCUCUGUGACAGUAAACUGAAUCUUUUUUUGGAUUAUGGACAAAACUAGACAUUUGAAGAUGUUAUCUUGUGCUUUGAAAAACACUGAUUGACAAUUUUCACCAUUUUCUCACCAGUUUAUAGAUCAGCUGGAUUAUUCGUGAAAAUAAUGGGCAAUAAAAAUAAUGAUUAGUUGCAGCCUUAUCCUGAACACAGCAACAUGAGAGAAAAAUGAGAAGAUACAUGCAGAUAAAUAUAAUGCCACGCAUGUCUUCUGGGUCAAAAGUGAUGAUUGAGAGGGAUUACCAGGGAUUGUAUGAUUGUUUUUUUUUACAGAAAAUCCUGCAUAGUAUAUCUUUAAUCUCGUCCCAGCAAAAGAAAUAAUAAAAGGACAGAAAUUAAAUGUAUGUCUUGAGAGGCUGAUGAGACGUUAUCUAUGCAGAGACUCACAUUUUUAUAUCACUAAUAUGUUACAGACUCCAGUGUACUAAAUCACAGCUUCACUUUGUGCUCUUCAAAAUAUUAUAUUACCAUGUAUAUGUUUGCUUUAGUUUACAGUCGGUGUGCUUGGAUGGUGCUUUCAGGCGCACCAAUCGAGCUUUCAUAAAUAUUUGUCUACAUACUGUGUUUCACCAGUCUCAAGUUGUUUACAGAGUUCAUGCUUGCAGCUCGGAGCUGUGUUCUGUGUCUCCACUCGCUGUAUGACUGAUUAUACUUUUGAUUAAGAUUAUUCAUGACACAAGGAGCCCUUUUGAUUCACACGGCAAAGUACCACCGUUAUCUAAGUCAUGAAUAAAGUGCCUGUUUUCGAUAAGGGGGGGCAGCCACUUGUGACCUGAUGACACCGAGCGACUGCAGCUUGCGUGCAUCAUAUUAAAAUCUCUCCAACAAGCAUUGACACGCUCCAUCUUUGCUCCACAAAGAGAACAUAAUAAAAAGAGUUGCUCUAAUAAUGUUACCAUAAUACGCUGUGUAUUAUGUUAUGAAACAUGCCAUAAUAUGCUAAUGUGUUGAUGUCGUUUUCUUUUAUUGGUUUCCAAAGUGUUGAGCUGUUGUCAGAAAUGGGUCUGAGAGUGUUUCGACUGUUAUCACGUCUCGCAACAUAUUUGUGAAUGUCAGUUUUUAUUUGGUUUGGAGCACUCGGCCCAAGUGCCUUGCAACAAGGGGUGUUACUGUACGGAUGGCGUGGAUGUGAUGACACAUAAACGGCAUCAAAAGCAAUAACUAUAUUUCUGUAAUGGGAGAAAUGUUUUAUUCCCACAAGUUAUUUAUUUCCAAUGAACUGCAAAGCUUUGCCAGCAUGUUUUCUCAGCUUUGAUAUCCCUCUGGCGUUUUUUAAUGAGCAGUAAUGAGCUUGCUGGUGGGCAUUAAGUUCCCUGAUAUUGUUUUCUCACUUGAUUUCUCCAUCUUCUUUCUCAGUGCUGCACUUUAAAAUGCAACAGAGUAAACUAAUAAAGCAUUUUUAUCUAA